GACUGCUUUUCGAUCACAGCUUUUUUUUAGAAUCCGAGCUUUCAUUUUUCCAUAGAAUUUCGAUACUCUACUUACAUCAUUUCCCACCUCCCCGAAAAGGCUUGACCAUGGAGUCUUCUGAUCAUACUAUUAUUAAACCAAAUCGUACUCGCCUAACGCUUAUUAUGGUCGGCAUUUGUCUGGCAGUUUUCCUCACAGGCAUGGUAAUCACACCAAUUCCAAGCAGUGAAAGUUUGGGAGCUAACUUUUCGCUUUCAAUACAGGAUCAAACCAUCUUAGCUACGGCAACCCCCGUCAUCAGCGUCGAGUUUAACACAUCGCAAGACAUUGGAUGGUGGGCUAAUACCUAUCUUCUUACGUUGAGCGCCUUUCAACUGUUCUAUGGUAAACUUUACAGCCAUUUUCCCAUUAAAAAUGUUUACCUUGUUGCUAUUAUCAUCUUCGAGAUUGGGUCUCUUAUUUGCACAACAGCACAUACUUCAAUAGCUUUGAUUGUUGGUCGAGCAAUCGCCGGACUAGGCGCUGCUGGAGUUUUUUCGGGAAGUGUGUUGAUCACCACCAAAGUAAUUCUUCUAGCCCAGCGUGCCGCCUACUUGGGAAUCAUGUCCGCUGCGUUUGGACUGGCAGCUAUUCUUGGGCCGUUCUUAGGGGCGGCUAUACUACAAUCGACUACAUGGAGAUGGUGUUUCGGUAUUAAUCUGCCGUUAGGAGCAGUAACGGUAAUUCUGUGCGGCAUUCUUGUACAUACGCCAUCAGAGCCAAACGCACAUUCACUCAGUCUCGUGCAAAAAGUAUUGCAGCUCGACAUUCCUGGGACGGUAUUUAUGGUUGGAUCUUUGAUCUGCCUUCUCAUGGCUUUACAAUGGGGUGGCGCAGCCUAUCCUUGGAGUAAUAGUCGUAUCAUCGCUCUUUUUGUCGUAUCCGGUAUUCUCGCUAUCGCUUUUGUAGCCACCCAGACGACCAAGAUUGCCGGAAAGGCUCGCACAAUUCCAAGCAGCUUAGCACGCAGUCGUGAUAUAUGGCUAGCCGGAAGCUAUACUAUGUGCGUAACUGGAGGUGUCUAUGUUGCCAUUUUAUUUCUACCUGUAUGGUUCCAAGAUGUUCGUGGUCGAUCACCUCUUUCUUCAGGUGAAUUGCUGACACCGUUGAUCGCUGGUUAUGUUGUGACUUCAAUCUUGGCCGGAGGCAUCACCAGUGGUUUCAAGUAUUACAACCCAGCUAUGAUCAUUAGAACUGCACUCUCAAUCGCUGGAGCGGCUUUGCUCACUACUGUCAACCUACAUUCUUCUACAGCAAGAAUCGUCGGUUAUCAACUUGUGUACGGCUUUGGAGUUGGAUUUGGAUUUGGUCAGCCAAGUUAUAUCGUUCAAACAUUGUUACCGGCAAAAGACGUUCCCAUCGGUGUGACAUUUAUAACACUUGUCCAAAACCUCAGCGCCUCGGUCUUCGUGGCAGUAGCACAAAGUGUUUUUCAAGGGGAGAUGCACAAGCGUCUUGAACCACUUUUACCGCACUCUUCCAACUCAUCUUCUAUCUUGCUGUCUGCCUUACCCACAAUUCUAUCAUCGUUGCCAGCAGAGACUCGAGAAACAGCAAAGACUGCCAUUAGUGAUUCCAUAACCCGGACAUUUUAUAUGUCGCUGGCGUUAAGUUGUGUGUCUGUUGUUGGCGCCUUGGCUAUCAAAUGGGUUCCUAUGCAAGACCCUGCCAAACAAGAUGCUGUUAAGCAAAAUACUUCUUCUCCUGAAGAAAUCACGCAGGACAAAAAUAUAAGUGAAAAUGAAAAGCGAGGUGAAAAGCAAGAUGUGAAAAUCACUACAGCUUAGCGUCAGGCAAUAGCAACAACAUCAACGAUGUCAACUUUCUCGCGUAGUGUUAUUUGAGGUUGAUGUGACGGCUGGGAGAAGUGACCACUACAGAAAAAAAUGAUUCCUCGGGUUUCCUUCAUUGUUUCGAUCCUUCUCCUCUCUUCUUGUUUUCUUCCUCUUGAGCUUAGAACCUUUCAUUUUACCACAAUCGAAAAAGACCUAUGAAACCCACUUAGCUCGCUCGAGCACGGCUCUGUAAUAUGUGUUUCGUAGGAUUUAAAAUUUGAACUUCAAUUCGAUAAUACCAAAACCCAUUUAUUCAAUAUCGAAUGCUGUACAAAAAGAGAUGUUAUACAAAUUUAUCAUUGAGAGGCGGCCCAGAAUCGAAAAAGACAGAGCUUUCAAAUCACAUCCCUCUUCUUUUCGUAUUCUUCAAAUGAGAUGAAAAGAGCUCCGUUUGUAUAUAUUGUUUCGAUGGCUAAUGAUGUUAUCAAUUCUCAGAACUCCCCAGAAACGUUCAUCAGGAAGCCGAAAUUCAUGAAUGGCAAUAGCA